AGGAUCCCUAUUCAUGGGGUUAUUGCUACAUUAAAGAACAAAACGCCACCUUGGAUAAUUAUUGUGUUGAAAGUACAAAUUGGCCAUGUGUAGAGGGUGAACAGUAUUACGGCCGAGGUCCCAUUCAACUGCGAUACAACACCUACUAUGGUCCAGCUGGAUUAGAUUUGGAUCGUGCACUACUAAACUACCCAGAUGUGCUUGCAACGGACUCAGUCAUGUCUUUCAAGUCUGCAUUGUGGUAUUGGAUGAAUUGCCAUUUAGAAAAACCCUCAUGCCACAAUGUCAUGACCAACCAAUGGGUGCCAAACUCAGACGACGUGCAAGCAGGGCGAGUGGCAGGCUUUGGUCUCACUACAAAUAUCAUCGACGGUGAAAAUGAAUGCGGACUUGGAUAUGAUGAACGAGUCGCGAAGCGGAUUGGCUUCUACGAGACUUUCUGCGACUUUAUUGGGGUGACCUAUGGUGAAAACCUUGACUGUUACAACCAGAAGCCUUAUGGAAGCUCUCCCGUCUCAAAGAUCUACAAAGCUAUCUAUAAGAUCUUCAUGGAAUAGAGAUCUGUGGGAUCAUAUUAUAAAUAGCCUAAGAAGGCAAUCAAUGAUUAUCAACUGUAUUAAUCAUUGACUUAUCUAUCUAAUUAAAUAAAUGAACCUACCUAGGAGCUUCUGUUUACUAGGUUUUGGUGUUGCAAAAUUCAGUGGAAGGACUUCAUGUUCUCCUGCAUGUAAUGUAAUCAACGUUUUAUGAUAUGUUAUGUUUCAGUACUUAUGUUCAAGCUCUUUU